AUGCUAAAACUCAGCGAAAGAGAGAGAUGGAAAAACUCGAAACAACAAAAGAGCAAGUCAGCAUUAUUUCUAAUCAUAAUAACAUCAACAUUAUGCGAUGAUUGGACCGCCAGCUGCCCAUCAAUUUGUCAUUGCAAAUGGAGUAACGGAAAAAAGUCAGCAGUAUGCAACAAUUUGAAUCUCACGCAAAUCCCGAGCAACUUAUCGACCGAACUACAAGUCCUCAUGCUGAACGGCAACAACAUCUCCCAUUUACAUCGCGAAGAAUUCACAACUUUGCGUCUCAUCAACUUGCAAAAAAUUCAUCUGCGCAACACGGGCAUCCGUUGGGUGCAUCGCGAAUCCUUCAAAGAUUUAAAAAUUUUAGUUGAAAUAGAUCUAAGCUACAACCUGAUCGAAUCGAUAGACAAACAAACGUUUAGCGGUAACGAUAGACUAAGGAUCUUACUAAUGUCAGGGAAUCCCAUUAAGGAAUUGGUUGCCGAUCAAUUUCCAAUUUUGCCGUAUUUCAGAAAUCUCGAGAUGGAAGCGUGCAAAUUGCAAAAUAUCCACGAAACGGCAUUCAGCAACCUAGAUUUAUUAGAAUAUUUGAAUUUAAAGCAAAAUGCGUUAAGUAACUUACCCGAACACGUGUUCAAUCACAUGAAAAACCUAAAAACGCUCAUUCUCGAAGAAAAUCCAUGGAAUUGUGAUUGUACGUUGAAGCGUUUUAAAGUUUGGUAUAACAAACGGGGCGGAUUUCCAUCGUUAAAGUGUCACGAACCCGCCGUGUUGAAGGAUAAAAAAUGGGAAACAAUCGAUGCGGAUGACUUUGGAUGCCCGCCAACGAUAGAAGUGCUGCGAGACGAAUAUCAGGUCGAAGAUGUCGGAUUAAAUACGACGUACAAGUGUGUGACACAUGGCGAACCUUUGCCAACAAUCAUUUGGGAUAUCAACGGGAAGAUGAUAGAUGGCAGUGAAAGUGAAACGGUUCGCAUUGAAGAAGAGAAAAUUGGAAGCGAUGAGCUUUGGAGUAAUUUGACGCUGUUUAAUUUGACGUCAUACGAUGCGGGCAUUUACACGUGCUCCGCCCAAAAUAAAUUUGGGUUUGUACAUAAGAAUUUUAGCUUAAUUUUGCCGGAAAUAGCGGGGCCCAUUCUGAUACGCACGCCCGAAACGUUCUGGUAUUUUGGCCUAAUUGUCGGAAUUUUCGGCUCCAUUUUCGCCCUCAUGUUCAUAUCAAUUUCCAUUUGUAUAUGUAAGAAGUUUACGAUGCGUCGUAGACGGAAGAAAAACAACAUAAAGAAUAGUGUAAGCUUUAAUGACCAAGAAAAGAAAUUGCUAGAUUUAAGUAUAACGACACAGGAUAAACAGGACUCAAGUGAAAUUGUGAAUACGCCAAGUACGGCAAAAACUGACUCCAUUAUCGCAUUGGAGCCCGUUCAGAUAACCAUCGAAAAUAUUGCGCGCAACGAAGAGUUCCCGCUGAACGUGGGAGUAUUUCCGCCGCCUCCGGAAUUUCGUUCGAAUGUCGUACCAACGACGCCCUACGGCAAUAUUUUCAUAUCAGUAUCGUUAACGCAAGAUGCCAUCAACGAGUCUCCGCAUGUCGAUAUGUAUCCGGAUCUGCUGAAUAUCCCGAAACGGAUGAAAGCGGGAGCUGCAGCUGCGGGAAAAUUCGUUCCUGUGAAUGUUUCGUCAUACGCUACUUUACCGCGUCCCGCAGUUGGGAGACAGCACGUGCCUAACAACGCAGCAAUUGCCCUUCCCGCAACAAUUUUACCCGUGUCGCAAAUUCCCACCAAUUCACAAUCGGCGGAAACGACGCUCACGGAGCCCGUUGAACAAGUUUAUCCGACGCCCGAAGAAGUUGGCGGCGAUCCGUCACAAGUUUGUCUCGCAUGUCGUCAAAAGGAAUCCGAAUACCAUGCCGCAUGCGAAAAUGCAUCCUUAGCCUUAUGUCUCAACUACGAUAAUAUGGGAAGACGCGUUACAGCGGGCGGCAAUACCAUUCUGUGCGAAGACACGAUUAUCGAGGAAGAGGAAUGCGGCGCUUCGUGUUUACCUGAUCCGCCGCCGCCGCCCAUGCCGUCGCAACCACAAACCAAAAUCUCGACGUUCGGCAAGGAAAUUCCCAUAUCAACGUUACCAUUACCCCCACCUGUUGGCACGAAUCCGUGCAAUGACUUUGUCUCGCUAUAA